UAAAAUUUCGUGAGCCGCAUCGUUUCCGCGCCAGGAACCUCAAAACCGCCAACCGACGAAAACUCGUCUCUAAACCGCUCAUUAUCAGCGCAUACCCGGCGCUGUGUAAAGAAAAGACAUGGCUGGCGGAUUGACAAGGCACCGACACCUAGGCCGGAAGUCAUCUCACCGGCAAGCCCUUCUCCGAAAUCUCGUCACGUCCCUCGUCAAGGACGAGGCAAUCCACACGACAUGGCCCAAGGCGAAGGAAGCUCAGCGGGUGGCCGAGAAGCUCAUCACACUCGCCAAGCGGGACAAUGAAUCAUCUCGGAGGAGAGCUAUGGGAAUCCUCUACACCCCCCACGACCUCAUGCCCAAGCUCUUCGGCGAGCUCCGCGAGCGAUACGCCGAGCGGCCCGGCGGCUACACGAGAGUGCUGCGCACCCAGCCCAAGGACACGUACUCGCAGGCCCCGUCCGCGAUCCUCGAGCUGGUCGACGGGCCCAAGGACAUACGCUUCAAGAUGACGGCCGCCGCCGUGGCGAGGGACCGGAAGCUGGGCAAGGGCAGCACCGAGAUGACGGAGAGGAACAUGGAGAAGGUGACGAGGUUCCGAAAGGAUGGGAAGGACGAUUUCGAGACCAUGGUGCAGAGGAUAUCCAAGCUGAACCUCGUCAGGUCUACGGAGAAGGGGCCGUCUACUACCGCGUGAGGGAGCCCUGGAUGGAGAGGUCUGGCUUGACUGUGCUGGAAUAGACAUGUAUAUGACAGAUCAAGUGCUGUAUUUUACUUGGGGCCUGGAACGUAGAUGGGAGUUUAGGAUCUCUUCUAUAUAUGUACGUUUGGGCAUUGGGAUGUAUUAAGCAUGCAAAUGUACCACUAGAGGAAGUCAAACGUGUCCCCCCUUUCACGAAUCAUCUUGCCCACUCUCUGGCUGCC